ACCAACAAUGGCUGAAGAGGCCAAGGUCAGAGGAAACGCGGCCUUCAAGGCUCGCGACUUCGAAGCCGCCGUGCGCCACUACUCUGAUGGGAUCAACCUGUCCCAGGACAACCACGUCCUCUACUCCAACAGGUCCGCCGCCUACGCCGCCCUCAGUCAGAACCUCCUCGCGCUCAAGGACGCCGUAAAGACCUACAAACUGAGGCCUGACUGGCCGCGGACUUACGUCCGCUUGGGCUUCGCUCACCUAUGGCUCGGUCGCUUGGGCCAGGCCAUAUACUCCUUCAAGCUCGGCCUCGAGAUCAGCCCGGACGACCGCGAUCUCAAGUCUGGGUAUGAGAAAGCGAUGCUCCAGGCUCGGAAACGAGUGAAACCGGUUGAGUGGCUUCUGGCUGGGGACAUUUUCAUGGUUCCUAACAUGUGGUGGAAACUGAGCAGCGACCCGCCGAAUGUCAAGAUCGCACACCAGCCGGAUUUUAUAAGGAUGAUGCAGAAGAUACAGAAGGAUCCUUUCGAAAUAAAUAAGCAUUCAGAUGACCCGGCACUCCAGCACGCCCUCGGGGUCUUGCUGUGCGUGAAGUUCCGAGCUGCGAAACCGCCUGAUCCAGAGUCUCUGCUGGCAGAUUCGUCAGCUCCAGUGCUGCCAGCGGCUGAUGAGAGGUCAGAAAACGGAGCCAUGAGGGUGGAGAAGAAGCAGAGGCGCCAGAUCAUUGAGGAGGAAUCGGAAGACAACAUAGACCCGAAAAAGACUCUCGAAGCUUGGAUUGAGAAUUACAUCACAGAGACUGACCUUGGCGGCGACGUCGGCAUGAUUGAGAAGGAGAAGCGGUGGUCAGCUGCGACGAAUUUGGGGAAGCUAAAGUUUGAGGACGGAACUAAUGGUUACAAUAAACUUGAUGAGAGGGUAAGUGCGUUUGAGUCGGAGGAUAUGACGAAAGAAUUAGACGGGAAGAGGAGUGCCCUGGGAAAACUGUACAAAAAGAAUGGUUCUGCCGUAGAAUCCAUCAAGAGUAAGCUUUUGGAGUCUGAGUGCACGCCGGACAUGGAGCAGAAUGUGCAGGAAGAUGAGGAUGUAGAAAAGAUAUUGGUGGUGCAGCUCGCAACUGCCAAUCGCCAGGGCCAGGCAGAGUUUCACCUUUAUGAAAAAGGCUGCACUGACGACAGAAACUCAGGAGAGCAAAAUCCUGUCGAGGUCCUGAGCAAUCAUAUCAUGGAGCAACCAGAAGCUAAUCCAGAAUACCCUGAAGCAAUGAUGGCUGCGCAGAUAACAAAUUCGGGAGACCGAGGCCCUGCUGAGCUCCUGAGAGAUCAUUGCACAGAACGACUAGAGAGUAACCCAGAAGACCCCAAAUUGAAUGGCAAUAAAUCUGCGUUCUACAUGGAACUCGGGGCAUUCCACGAGGGGCCGGAGUCAGAUGGCCACACAGCCAACAAAGAUUCGGAAGAGCGAAGUCCUCUCGAGAUCCUGAGAGAUUAUUGCACAGAACGACUGGAAAGCAACCCAGAUGACCCCGAUAUGUACAGCUCUAGAUCUGCCUGCUACAUGAAACUCGGGUCAUUCCAAGAGGGGUUGAAGGAUGCGGAAAAGUGCAUCGAGCUCGACCCCCUCUUCUGGAUGGGGUACCACAGGAAAGGAGAGAUCCUAUUUUACUUGGGGGAGUACGACAAAGCCGUGGACACUUAUAUGUUGGGAAUGAAAUGCUGCCCAGGCAAUGAGGGGUUGUUGGAUGCUUUUGGGAGGUGCUUCGCUAGCAUUGAUAAUACAGGUGAUUUGAGUGAAUUCCGUUUGGGAAUAUUUGAAUUGCGGGAAGAACAGGCAAUAUUGCUGUAAUACACUUGGCGAGGAUCCAUUCGCAGGACAAACCUUCAAGCUGGACAGUACGUAACGAAGAGGAAAAUGGAAAUCAUGCGUCAUAUCUGGAAGUUUGAUAAUCAUAAAGGAAGGAUCAGAGUUGGAUGACUUCGGGAGUUCCGGGGAAGUUGCGCUUGCACGAGAAGCUCUAUUAUAUUACCUCUGUUACUAGGUUUCUUGGAAAGAAUUUGGUCCGUUUUAACUCACAUCAAUCGAGCAGCAUAACAAUAGGAAUUCAAUUGCUUGUUUCUGAAUAUCAUGCACAUGAAAGAUGAAACUCCAUUAAUCUCGUUUUUCUCUCUAUCGGCAACAAAUUCUGAACAAUCAGCACGAAGGAUUUUUUUUUUUUGGUGAAGCAGUGCAGGGAUAUGGCCAAUGAGAAGUACGGCUGCGAAACAUGCGCUCACACCUUAUUAUUUUGGUAUAUUUUAGGAGUCACAAUAUCUCGUUUUCAUAUUACUUGACUUUUUUAGUCUA